CAUGCCCUCAUCUACAGAGCCUGAAUGCUUGGAUGACAAAGCAGCUGCAGAAGUCACGCAGAGAGAUAAACAAUAAGAAAAGGGCUUUUAAAAAAGGGGCUUCCAGCUGUUUUACAACAAUUUAAAAAAAGGAAAACUUCUGGUCGUCCAUGAGACAGUGACAUUGCAAAGGCACAGCUGACAGCCUCUGGACCUUCUCCUGCCUCUCCCCACACUGCCUCCUCCUCCUCUUCGUCAGGACCAUGGAGGAUGUCUCUCCAGACACAGACACUCCACUGGCUCAACCGCUUCUCUUGGAGCGGCGUGUUCGCCAGCCACAGCCAGCUGUCUCAGUUAUUAAAUCAAAGCUGAAAAAGGGUUUGACCUGCUCCGGACCAAAGGUCCGAUCCACUCUGACAGGGUUCUUCCCUGUGGUGCGCUGGCUGCCAAAAUACAAGCUCAAAGAAUACAUCUGGGGUGAUUUGAUGUCUGGUAUGAUUGUUGGUAUCAUUUUGGUACCGCAGGCCAUUGCUUACUGCCUGUUAGCAGGAGUUCCACCCUUAUAUGGUCUGUACACAUCAUUUUAUGCCAAUAUUAUCUACUUUCUCAUGGGGACAUCUAGACACGUCUCAGUUGGGAUCUUCAGCCUCAUGAGCCUCAUGGUUGGACAGACGGUGGUUAGAGAAGUUUUCCUGGCUGGAUUUGAUAUGAGUGAGGACUCCACCCCAUCUCCUCACGAAGCCUUUAAUGACACCAACCAAACAUUUAAACCUGAGCUCACCGUGGAGCUGAUGGGUAUGCAGUUAGGGAAGGAUGACUACUCCAUCAGCAUUGCUGCUAGUGUUACAUUCCUGGCUGGUGUCUAUCAGAUUUUGAUGGCUGUGUUUCGGCUUGGAUUUGUCUCGGUCUACCUGUCGGCACCCAUGCUUGAUGGAUUUGCCACUGGAGCUUCUUUCACCAUCCUGACAGUUCAGGCUAAAUACUUGUUGGGUCUAAAGAUCCCUCGUCAUCAGGGCUAUGGGACAGUAGUCGUUACCUGGUUUAACAUCUUUGCCAACAUUCACAAGACCAACCUAUGUGACCUCAUCACAAGUGCCAUAUGCAUCUCAAUUUUAGUGGCUGGGAAGGAGAUUCAGGAGCGAUACAAGGACCGUCUAAAGAUCCCCUUACCUACAGAGCUCGUGGUUGUAGCAGGAGCUACACUUGCCAGCCACUUUGGGGAGUUUAACACCCGUUACCACUCCAGUGUUUCUGGUCACAUUCCCACAGGAUUUAUUCCACCUCAGCUACCAGCAUUCAGUAUUAUGCCACGAUUGGCGCUGGAUGCCAUUCCUUUGGCAAUUAUUAGUUUUGCAUUCACCGUGUCGCUGUCUGAGAUGUUCGCAAAGAAACACGGAUAUACCGUUCGUCCCAAUCAAGAGAUGGUGGCCAUUGGACUCUGUAACGUCGUCCCGUCCUUUUUUCACUGUUUCACCACAAGUGCUGCGCUGGCAAAAACAAUGGUGAAGGAUUCGACUGGCUGCCAGACUCAGGUAUCAAGUCUGAUCAGUGCCCUUGUGGUCCUUCUGGUGCUCCUCUUCUUUGCCCCAUACUUCCAAGCACUUCAGAAAUGUGUCCUUGCCUGCAUCAUCAUUGUAAGUCUUCGGGGAGCCCUGAGGAAGUUCAGGGAUGUCCCAGCAAAGUGGCGAGCCAGCCGAAUGGACGCCAUUGUUUGGCUGGUUGCCAUGUCCGCCACAGCUCUGAUCAGUGUGGAACUGGGAUUACUUGUUGGAGUUAUCUUUUCAAUGUGCUGCGUCAUCUAUAAAACCCAGAACCCAAAGGUCUCUCUCCUUGGCCAGGUCAAUGACAAUGAUCUGUAUGAGGAUAUUGAGGAGUACAAGAAUCUCAAAAUGCCAUCUCGGGUUAAAAUCUUCCGUUUCCAGGCUCCUCUAUACUAUGCCAAUAAGAACUCUUUCCUGAAAUCCCUCUAUAAAGCUGUGGGAGUUGAACCUUUCUUGGAACUGACUAAGAGAAAAAAGGCUGAGAAAAAGGACAGAGAUAACUCCAAAAAGCAAGCUAAGACAAAUGGGGAGAAACCCAACUUUGAUGUCUUUGUAGGGCUUGUCCAAAAAGAGUUGGAGUUUCACACAAUAGUCUUAGACUGCUCAGCAAUCCCUUUCAUUGACUCAACAGGCAUGGGCACUUUUAAAGCUCUAGUUAAAGAGUAUAAAGAGAUCGGUGUAAGUGUGCUCUUUGCAUGCUGCAACACCUCAAUCAUUGAUGUUCUCCAGAAGGGAGAGUGCUUUGGGAAGAAUAACAAAGACAUAAGCAGUCUGUUGUUUUAUACAGUUCAUGCCGCUGUUCUUCAUGCAAACAGGGCAGCAGAGGAAAGCAAGGCUGAGGACUCUGUGGUGUAAAAUAACAGGAUAAACCUUUUCCCCCUUUUAUAUUAAAGCUUACAAAUGAUUGUAAGCCAUAACAAGGAUGUAUUAGGUAACUUUGAAAGUACACCCAAGAAACCUUGUCCAUGAAACAUAGAGGGACCAAGAGUAGGAACAGAGUAGAGAAUGCAUAAGAAUUUAUAGAUAUAGGCAUUUUUUUGUUUGUUUUAUACCCUGGAGUAAUAAUAUUAAUUGUUUUUUGGAGCAAUUUGAAGGUCCAAAAGGCUGGUUUGUGAAGCCAGCAAACACAUAUCAAAGUGAAAAAUUAAUUUCACUUCUUUAAAUGUUAAAUUCAUGUUUUGGACGGAGAAAUAAUUGAAUAAUUUCACCAAUAGGAAUCAAAUCUAUCAAUGUGUUUCAGCACUUGCGCUCUGUUUUUUUGUACAUUGUCACAGAUUUUAAUGUAUUACCUAUUUAAUGGACUAAGCCAGUGGUGGUCUAUUUUGUAGCUUUCACCCACAGACUCUCCUCCCUUCCUUUCUGUGCAAGAGAAAGGAAAGGAGCUAAAAGAAAACUAAACACACCAGAGGCUUUAUACCCCAGAGAGUGCCUAGGUAAUAUUUUAGCUGUGAAUUGAUGUGUUCAUCGUUUAUAUGAUGUUGGUCUAGAGGUAGUUUCUAAUUGCUUUAGGAAACAUAAAAAAAAAAAGCUUUAAAACAGAUCCACCGUUCAACACCCUGCAAAAGGUGUUGAAGGGUAGUUUUUCCAACAAUUCUUAGGAAAGUUCUUUAAGUAGGCAUGAGCGUUUUCAUUAUGGAUUGUUAUGUUUUCAUAAACAGCGGUGUAAAUAUAAAAGCUAUUUAGAGUGAAAAUACCAAGUCCGUAUAGGCUUUACUCCACAUGUUCAGAGUCCAGACUUGUAAUUUACCCUUUCCUGAUGUGCUAACUGCCACCUAUAAAUCAUUUGUAAAAGGCUGGUUAAACUCUUCCUGACUAUCGGAAGAGGUCAGGAAGAGAAAUUUUUACGUGACAAACAAGGACUUUGCUCGUUCUGAGUGAACCCUGCCUUUAGGAAAUGGGUCACUGGAGUGCGCUUGUGCUCUUGCCCUGUUCUGAACAGUCAGCUGGAGCUAUAUAAAAGGGUUCAAGUAUUUGAUCUCAUGGUGCUUUUCAAAUGUUUUCUUAAGUUUCUAACUGGAGAGUGCACGGACAGCUGGUGAUAUCUCACAUCAUUUGUAGGAUCUUUUUAUUUUCUUUCUUUAAUUCAAAACUUUUGUACCUAGAGAAAUAAGCUCAAAUCAUUGGUUUAAACUGUUGUUUCAUAUUAUCCUUAUCCCCUUGAGACCAAGACUGAUUAUAUGUCUAACAGUGCAAUGUGAAAAGCCUUUGAUGUGAUGUAAUAAAAACAUGAUUGAAAAUAUGAGCCACAUUACUUUUUAUAUCGAGCAAACAGUCAACUAUAAUCUAUAAAUUUAUUUAAGGAACCACUGUGAUUAUAUUUUUAGACAUUUUAGAAGGUAUAAUUUAAAACUUUUUCAAUAAAGCCAAUUAGAAUUGAGAAAAAUGUAAUAAUUGGUGGUUAAAUUAAAAUGAGUCUUAAGUGAAA